AGGCCCAGUUCGAGUACUCCAAAAAACCGUGCGCAAGGAAAGAGCAAGAGCAGCGGAGCAGUCCUUACUCCUUCUGCUUCGCCGAUAUCGUGAAAACCCCACGCCAAAAACGACAAACGAACUCCAGACGGGCGACGCCGCGACGGGGCGACGAGCGACGGCCAUCUUCACUGCCGGACGGCCAGGACAGGACGGCGCACGGCGGCGGCAGGCUGCUACUCUAAAUCCUCUCAUUUCUCUCUGUCAUCAAACAAGCUAAAAGCUAUCCCUCUUAAUAAGAAGAUACUUUUGAAGUUUUGAGAAGAGGAUAUUUGGGGUUUUUUCGUAACAUAAAAAAGGAAAAGGGCUGCCUAAGUCAAUAAAGUCAUAAGUGGUUAAGAGUUCAGGUCUACUCAGUGCCACAACCUUGUUCCUAAACAAAGGCUCCCCUCUACAACAUCACAUUUGAAACACAGAAGUGUACUACUUAAGCUGGAGGUGAUAUCAGGCUCUUCUUGUGGUAUUUUAUCGCCUGCGGACACAUCUAUUAUGUAGAUGAUAUAGUCAGCCAACUCCCGGAAUUACCCAAGCUGACCUCCUUCUUAUAAACAAGACUGAUCUGGCAGCAGCUGUUGGAACAGAUCUCUCUGUUAUGGAGUGUGAUGCACUUCGCAUGCUGGAUGGUGGUCCUUUUGUGUUUGCUCAGCUAGAUCCGUCCCUGGUCGCUCGUGCUUCAGAGCUCAUUGUUGGAUCUUCGUUGCUCGCAGAAAGCUCUGGAAGCCGGAGCUUGGACCUGUACGCUGAAGCUUGGACGGUUGGAGGACUGCUGGGCUUCAGCAAUUGGGCCGUUGGGCUUCUGGACUGGAGCAGCUGAACCUGGACUGAUGGAGCUGCUGGGCUGCUGAAAAGCUACUAGAUUGCUGAAGGAGCUGCUGGACUGGGCCAAUUGGACUGCUGGGCUGAAGCUACUGCUGGGUUGAUGGACCUGGAGGUAGUCAAUGCCGGUCAACACCGGUCAAUGCCGGUCAACACCGGUCAACGGUGGUCAACGCCGGUUAAACUCAGUCAACAGUCCGAAAAAUCCCAAUUUUAAUUGGGUAGGUAAGGUCGAAACUCUUUCCUAGGGUUUCGCUAAGGUAAAUUGGCUAUAAACACCCUAGGUGCACCGGGUGCCUCCGGAUUUAAUUUAUUCCCCCUCCCCGUGGGCCGCCGUUAUAUUGUAUCCUGGCCGCCAACAACCAGGUGCGUUUUCUAAACCCUCUCCUUUGUGGCAGAUUAUUUUAGUUGAUUAAAUUGAAUUGCAAAGUGUUGUUAAUUUCAAGUCUUGCUGCUAGGAGUUGUUUUAUGUGCCAAACUGUCCAAAAUUGCUAGUUGUUGCAUGCUGCCCAGGGUCAUUAAAGUGGAUACUUUAUAGCCCAGGUUGAUUUAUUUUCUGUAAAAUUUGUUUGUGUUGUUUUGUGGUUGAUACCAUGACUGCUAAUCAGUAUGGCAUGCUUCCGUUUAACGGAAAAACGGAUUUUGACAUAUGGAAACAAAAAAUGAACGAAAUUGCUAAGCAAAUUGAAAUGAACGAAAUUGCUUGUUCUACUAUUUACUUGAAUCUGCUUGAUUGUGUGCUUAGGAAAGUGGGUAUUCUUGAAUCCGCUAAGGCUUUGUGGGAGAAAUUGGAUAAUCUCUAUAUUGAUAUCUCUUUGCCUGAGAAGUUGUUUUUACUUGAGAAAUUCUUUAGAUUUAGGUUUGACCUGACUAAGGAUUUAGAUGAGAACCUGGAUGUGUUUAAUAAAGUAAUAAACUGAUACUGAAUAUCAAACAGGCAGGUGAUAAACACAUAGACGAUUAUACUCCCAUAGUGUUACUUAAUGACAUUCCUGACUCUUAUAAUGAUGUUAAGUCCGCUAUUAAAUAUGGUAGGGAUGAGAUUUCGCUAGAUAUUGUCGUUAAUGGGUUAAGGAGUGAUGAAUUAGACUUGAACCAUGCUAGGGGUAGUCAUAGUCAGUCCAGGGACCCCGAUGAGGCUAUGUUUGUUAGAGGUAGAUCUAAGAGUAGGUCUAAGCACUUUAAGCAAAAUAGUCAAAGUAAGAACACUAGUCAGCCAUGGAGGAAGAGGAACAAAUCUAGGAAGAGAGUGUGUUACAAUUGUGGUAACGCUGGCUGAUAACGCCAUUAAGGAUUGCCCUAACCCUAAGAAGACCGAGCAUGCUAAUGUAGCUGUUGAUAGAUGUGACCUUGGUGAGGUUUUGAUGGUUUGUGACCAUGUUAAUUCUGUGCGUAAUUCCCUGUCUGAGCAUGAAUGGUUGAUUGACUCUGGUUGUACCUAUCACAUGUCCCCCUUUAGAGAUUUGUUUUCUACAUAUGAAGUAUGUGAUAGUGGUUAUGUUUCCUUGGCUGAUCAUAAGAGAUGUAAUGUGCUUGGUGUUGGUGAUAUAUGUCUGAAAUUUUCUUGUGGCUCUGUGUUUACCAUUAAAAUUGUGAGGCAUGUUCCUGAUUUGUGUCAUAACUUGUUAUCUGUUGCUGCUUUGGAGAGUAAUGGUUUACAGGGAAAAUGGGGGAAUGGUUGCAUGAAAAUCCUGAAAAAUUCUCUUGUUUUGUUUAAUGCUGAGAAGGUGAAUAACCUUUAUGUGUGUUAUGCUAAACCUUUUGCUGAUUCUGUGAAUGUUGUAUGUGCUGAUAAGACCUCUUUGUGGCAUAAUAGGCUAGGGCAUAUGAGCAAUAAAAGGGUUUAGAUAUCAUGCAUAAGUCUGGUUGUUUUGGUAAAGACACUGUGACUUCUGUGCCUUUCUGUGAAUCAUGUGUGUUCGGCAAGCAGCAUAGAGUUAGCUUUCCUAAUCCUCUUACCCUAAUCUGUCUAACUGUUCAUCUGUACUUGAAUAUGUUCAUGCCGAUGUUUGGGGUCCUGCCAGUGUUCUUACUCAUGAGGGUAGGAAAUAUUUCCUUUCUAUUAUUGAUGAUUUCUCUAGGAAGGUGUGGGUUUGCCUUUUAGAACACCGGUCUCGUCCCCGCUCCUCACGGAUGAGGAACGUUGCUUGACUCUUUCAGAUCGGCCUCAGUGCCGACAUCUUUACAUGGCCCUUGACCCCUUGGUACAGUGCCAUUAUUAUAUUUGAAGACCGGCCUCGUCCCCGCUCCUCACAGAUGAGAACCGUUGCUUGACUCUUUCAUAUCGGCCUGAGUGCCAACAUCUUUACAUGGCCACCGACAUCCGGGUACGGUGCCAUCAUCAUAUUCACAGACCGGUCUCAUUCCGUGCUGCGGGGAUGAGGACCAUUGCUAGGAUAUUCUUGAUCGACCGCUCGGCACGACGUGAUUAUCUUUUUUAAAGAUAGGUCGCAUCCCCCGCGCUCUGCGGAUAUGAGUCGUUGCUCGAAUGUUUCGGCCUGACACUAUUGUCCUCCUCUUAUCAGGGCCAACUGCUCAGUGACAAUAUGAUUAUCUAUCAAUAUCAGCUCCUAAUGCCGAAUUUAUCGAGUUAGCGAUCGGGCUCACCACUCCCCUCCCGGAUGGUGACCAUCGCCUUCGCAUCACGAUUGACUCUACAUCGCCUCAUCAUCAUAUUUUGGACCGGUAUCCCAGCACCAUCAGAUUUGGCACUUCUUUUAUUCGUUCAGGGAACCAAGAAACGACUACCCCCCUCAAAAAAAAGAGGGGGAAAAGGGAAUCUCGAAAAAGAUAAACCUGUUCUUCAUUAAGAUUAUAGGCCUUGCACAACACGACCUCAAAGGCUGAGCUGCGAAGCACAAGCCCAACUGGAAGUGCAGAGGACCGGUAAGAGGGUGUUUGAAUGAAACCCAAGGAAUUUUGAAAGGAAUAAACAUGUUCUUCGUCAAGAUCAUAGGCCUCGCGCAGCACAACCUCAAAGGCCAGGUUGCAAAGCACAAGCCCAACGGAAGUGCAGAGGACCACUGAGAGGGUGUUUGAACGAAAAUUAGAAAAUCUCCCCUAAAAAAGGUGCUUUGAGGCCGUGCACGAGUGUAACACUUGAGAUUAAUUUAAAAAAUGAUUAAUAGUACUACUCAUACAAACAAGUUGCAUCUCCUUUUAAGGGAGCUCAUCAGCAAAGAACUCCAAAGUUAAGCAUGCUUGCACGAGAAUAGUCUUGCGAUGGGUGACCUCCCGCGAAGUUUCUCAGGGCACACACAAGUGAGGGCAAUGUGCGCGGAAAAGGCUAAUGGCGGUUGUUUUGACAGUUUUAGAGGUCUGGAGAGAUGUCUGGAGUAACUAACUCGAGUCCUGCGGGGCUGGGGUGUUACAGGUGGUAUCGGAGCAACCCUGCGACAGUGUGCUGAUCCUUUGGAUCAGGCGAGCACUUAGCAGGGGAAGAUUCUGGGAUAUGAUUGAGAUUGAAUUGGUUUAUAGGCGCAACGAGGACAUUGUGAUCCCAAGUGGGGGUGAUUGUAACACUUGAGAUUAAUUUAAAAAAGGAUUAAUAGUACUACUCAUACAAACAAGGUGCAUCUCUUUUAAAGGAGCUCAUCAGCUAAGAACUCCAAAAUUAAGUGUGAUUGCACGAGAGUAGUCUUGCCAUGGAUGACCCCCUGGGAAGUUUCUCAGGGCACGCACGAAUGAGGACAAAGUGCGCGGAAAAGGCUAGUGGCGGUUUGUGAGUACAUUACUAGAGGUCCGGAGAGAGGUCUUGAGUAACUAACUCGGGUCCUGCGGGACUGGGGUGUUACAAAGAGGGAUCCCGAAAAGGAUAAAUCUGUUCUUCAUCAAGAUCGUAGGCCUCACGUAGCACGGCCUCAAAGGCCGAGUUGCGAAGCACAAGCCCAACUGGAAGUGCAGAGGACCGGUGACAGGGUGUUUGAACAAAACCCAGGGAAUUCCGAAAGGAAUAAACCUGUUCUUCAUGAAGAUCAUAGGCCUCGCGCAGCACGACCUCAAAGGCCAGGCUGCAAAGCACAAACCCAACAGAAGUGCAGAGGACCGGAGAGGGUGUUUGAACGAAAACCAGGGAAUUCCGAAAGAAAUAAACCUAUUCUUCAUCAAGAUCAUAGGCCUCACGUAGCACGACAUCAAAGGCCAGGCUACGAAGCACAAGCCCAAUGAAAGUGCAGAGGACCGGUGAGAGGGUGGUUGAAUGAAAACGGAGGAUCACCCAUUCCAUCUAGGAUGGGGACCACCGUCUGAUGCAGCAUGAUCGGUUCCUCAGUGCCAUCGUGUCUAGUUCACGGUCGGGCUCGCCCAUUCCUUCCAGGAUGGGGACCACCGUCUUAUGCAGCACGAUCGGCCCCUUAGCGCCAUCAUGUGUAGUUCAUGUUUGGGAUCACCAUUCCUUUCUAGGAUGGGACCCGCCACUUUAUAUCACGCCUGACAUACCCUCUCAUACAUUACGUGGAUUCAUACAUUCAUGCAUCAUAUCUCAUACAUUCAUGCGUACACACAUACAUCGUAUCUCGUCCUCUCCAUGUCGUCGGUUUUAUAUGUACAGAGGCCUCUAAGCUUCUCAACUAAGAAAAACCGGGUCAGAGUCCUUUACUCUCGCCUGAUACAUUCAGGGGGAGAAUGUUCGGGGAAGAGCAUCCCUUGCCCGAUAUAGUCGGGAGGGAGAGCGCCUUACCGGCAGAUUAUGUUCAGAGGGGCAAAUACCCACUCAUGUAGUAGGAUUAUUCAAAGACACAGGUUCAAGAAAGAUAAGGAAGAGUGCGAGCAAUAGUAUACUUUCUCGAGCAGAUUCGCACGCUCACUACUCAAAAAAAUGGGGGACUUGUGUUGAGGUAUAUUAUCCCGGCCUACCAUUAUUCAGGAGCCCAAGACAUUACCUAGUACGGAGUCUGAUCAGUGAGGCCCGUUGUCAGCCUUUUCUGGCCUGUCUUGGCCGUUUGGGCCCAUUUUGGUCCACUUGGCCCGUUAGGGUAGUUUUGCACCCUCCCCUCUAUUUUCUAUAAAUAGAGGGCUUCCCUCCUAUUUUUAGGGAUCCUUUUCUCCCCCCCCCCCCCCCCCUCUUCUCUCUAGUGAGUAGCAAAAUACUCCAUGGUGGCGAGGAGAGCAAUAAUAAAAUGAGAGGCAUUAGACAUUAGCCUAAAAAGUUUCGUGAUUUUCUCCAUUUCCGGGUUUCCACGUAAAAACAGAGUAAUCAUACCAUAUUUAUAUCUAUAUUAAUUAUAUCGUGUUGGAUUAAAACUCAACACACACAUGUGUGUGUGUAUGUAUGUAGCCAUGUUAUAUGAUACUAGGAUGAGUUGCUAGUCAAUCCAGUUAUCUUGGCAAUAAAAUGAUCAACAACAAAUUUGUUAAGCAUAAUGGAGGUAAAUAAUGUUGGUCCUCAUAUCCUAUUUUUGGUGUAGAAGUAAGGGUUUUCAGUCAUUUACUUAAUUGUUCACUUCGAAUAUUGUUAACAUUUUACACCUGCCUGUCUGCAUCAGUAGACUUUCAAGCAUGGAAACAUGUGUUUUUCUCUGACAAUUCUAUCCAAAAAUGUUUCAUACUAUGCUAUAGCCAUUCUUCGGUUUACAAAUAUGUAAUAAUUCAUUAUUCUCAGAAGAGACUUCCUUCAUGAUUGAGGCUUUUGCUUCUCAAGAUUUGUUAGAUGUUUUGGAUGACAUGUAUCAUUAUAUGACUAUUUUUAACAAUGUUAAAGCGUAGUGUAAUCAUCACUAUUAUUGUUGACGUUCUUUGGCUGUAUGCAUUUCAUUUGAAUUUUAAGAAAGUGAAAUCAUUAUGAACAUACACAUAUCCCAAUUAAGCUACUUAUAUUUUUAUACUAACAUUUUUCUUUUAUGAUUUCAGAAGUCUGUUGUAAGGAAUAGGAACUAAAUAUAUUAUUUGUUAGAUUAGGAACUGAAGUGAAUAUGACAACAACUCCACACAGUCAUACUUUUAAUUUGAUUUGUUUUGGUAAUGCAGAAAUGGAUAUUACAACACUUCUAGCUCUUCAAUAUCAUUCAAUCUUGAAUGAUAUGAUACCCCCUGAUUUACCCGUUAUUCCACAUGGUCAUGGAAUUGAAGCAUCUCAGAUCUGUCGUCUAGUAACACCAAAGAGGGUUUAAUAUCUUAUCAACCAAAGAGCUUGUUGAGCGUAUACGCCGCAAUCAUAUGAUUGUUUUAAGGUUUUCUUAAACUGAUGGAGAUGUUGUUAAAUAGCGCAAGAAAUGCAAGAUCAAAUUGGACAAAUUCAAGCCCAAAUGGGACAAAUGCAAAUCCAAAUCUGACAUAUUCAAGGAUAAAUGGGACAUAUGCAAGGCCAGAUCAUGGCACUGGUGCUCACUGCCUUGGUGACAUCUCAAAAUGGCCAAUUGAACGCGAUUGUAGGACAAAUAACUAGUCAAGUAGGACAACAAAUUGAGCUUCUAAGUGUAAGGUUGGACACAUCUGCUGCUCGGGCUCACAAUUCCGCAAACACAUCAAAUGCUUUAAACCCUCUUCGUCCAAUAGUGAAAACUAUUCCUAACCAUCCCGACCCACAACCACAUCCAACUUUCCACUUCAAUGUCAACUCAUAUCCAAUUGGCACACCACCCAUAGAUGGACUUGUUCCACACACUUUUGAAGUCAUUAAUGUCAUUGAUAAUCAUCACCACUUUUGAUGCAAAAUAUUGGUUCUAUAACAAUGCGAAACUUGCAAGAGGAGAAACACUUGAUCCAACGACGAUCAACGCUUGCAACCUUUAUGAAGAAUUAGGUUAUUAUUUGUUUCAUUUUCAUUCUUCAUAAUUUUAUAAAUAGUUAUUCUGAUUUGGACAUAUUCAAGGCCAUUUCUGUCCAUUUAUAACUAUUUAUAAAAAUUAUGAAGAAUAAAAAUGGACAAAAGUAAUAACCUAACUCUUCAUAAAUGUUGCAAGCGUUGAUUGUCGUUAGAUCAAAUUUUUGUCUCCUCUCGCAAGUUUUGCAUCGUUAUAGAACCAAUAUAUUACAUCAAAGUGGUGAUGAUUAUCAUUAAUGCAAAAUAUUGGUUCUAUAACGAUACGAAACUUGCAAGAGGACAAACACUUGAUCCAACGACGAUCAACGCUUGCAACCUUUAUUAAGAGCUAAGUUAUUAUUUGUUUCAUUUUCAUUCUUCAUAAUUUUUGUAAAUAAUUAUGAAUGGACAUAAAUGAUCUUGAAUAUGUCCAAAUCAUAAUAACUAUUUAUAAAAAUUAUGAUGAAUAAAAAUAGACAAAAACAAUAACCGUUGAUUGUCGUUAGAUCAAAAUUUUGUCUCCUCUCGCAAGUUUUGCAUCGUUAUAGAACCAAUAUAUUGCAUCAAAGUGGUGAUGAUUAUCAAUGGCAUUAAUGGCUUCAAAAGUGUGUGUAACAAGUCCAUCUGGGGGUGGUGUGCCAAUUGGAUAUGAGUUUUCGUUGAAGUGAAAAGUUGGAUGUGGUUGUGGGUCAGAAUGAUUGAGAAUAGUUUUCAUUAUUGGAUGAAGAGGAUUUAAGCAUUUGAUGUGUUUGCAGAAUUGUGAGCUCGGGCAGCAGAUACGUCUAACCUUACAUUUAGAAGCUCGAUUUCAUGUCUUACUUGGUCAGUUAUUUGUCCUACAAUCGCGUUUAAUUGGCCAAUUUAAGCUAUCACCAAGGCAAUGAACGCUUUAAUUUGGUUUGUGAGUGCCAUUAUCUGACCUUGCAUAUGCCCGCCCCAUUUGUCCUUGAAUCUGUUCGAUUUGGACUUGCAUUUGUCCCAUUUGGCCUUGAAUUUAUCCAAUUUGACCUUGCAUUUGUUGCGGUGUUGUGACAACAUCUCCAUCAGUUUGAGAAAACUUUGAAACAAUCAUAUGAUUGCGGCAUAUACGCUCAGCAAGCUCCUUAGUUGAUAAGAUAUUAAGCCCUCUUUGGUGUUCUUGGAUGACAGAUUCGAGAUGCUUCAAUUCCAUGACCACAUGCUUAGCAGUAGGUAAUUGAUCAGGUGGAAUAGUGGGUGAAGCAGGGGGUAUCAUAUCAUUCAAGAUUGGAUGAUAUUGAAGAGCUCGAAGUGCUUUAAUAUCUAUUUCUGCAUUACCAAGACAAAUCAAAUUAAAAGUAUGACUAUGUGGAGGUGCUGUCAUAUGCACUUUAGUUUCCGAUCUAACAAGUAAUACCUCUAGUUCCUAUUCCUUGCAAUAGACUUCUGAAAUCAUAAAAGAAAAAUGGUAGUAUGAAAAUAUAAGUAGCUUAAUUGGGAUAUGUGUAUGUUCAUAAUGCUUUCACUUUCUUAAGGUUCAAAUGAAAUGCAUGUCAUCCAAGACAUUUAACAAAUCUUGAGAAGCAAAAGCCCCAAUCAUGAAGCAAGUCUUUUCCGAGAAUAAUGAAUUAUUGCAUGUUUGUAAACUGAAGAAUGACUAUAGCAUAGUAUGGAACAUUUUUGGAUACUGAUGCAGACAGGCAAGUGUAAAAUGUGAACAAUUAAGUAAAUGACUGAAAAUCCUCACUGCUACACCGAAACAUAGGCUAGGAGGACCAACAUUAUUUUACCUCCAUUAUGCUUAACAAAUUUGUUAUUGAUCAUUUUAUAUCCAAGAUAACUGGAUUGACUAGCAAUUCAUUCUAGUAUCAUAUAACUUCGCUAC